AGAAGUGGGUAAAGCGUUAGGUAUGCCAUUAGUGUGUAGCAUUGAAUCAGCUAGUGAGGUGUUGGAAACUUGGAGUCAAAACUUGAACGCUACCGAAGAUUAUCUUGUGGAAGUUCUGAAGAGGCCAGACAUUAACGGUACAGAUGCAUUGAUGGUUCUUGGACAUCAGCAUCACAUUGCUGCCGAAAACAGCUUCAACUCACCUCCAGCAGAGCUAAGGAAAGAAGACACAGCUUCACAAGAUGGUGCUACAAGCUCAACAGCAACAGCAACAAAUGUUCAUUUCUGUCCACCAGUGACACAAAGAAUGAGGACCACUACACCUACACUAGAACCUCCAAGACAACUGGCUGGAAAAGGAGAUGAACAAGUAGUAGAGCAGCAGAUUCAACAGAUAGAACAACUGAGAAUGGAAGGCUCAUCAAACGAUAGAGAAAUUGCUGAAGCGACACAACAAACUGUUGCUAUUCAUGUCGACAGAAAAACCGAGCAACCAACUGCAAAAGCAGAAGCCGAGAAAAAAUGCACAGAUGAUGAAAUUGUGAGAGUAGCCACACUAGUUUCUGAUUGGGAGAAGCUCGUUUCUCUGUUGUCACCAAAAUUAUUUUCAGUUGGAGUUAUUGAUGACAUAAAGAAAGCAGACCAACAACCGUUUAUGCAAGCUCGAAGAGCAUUAGCUAAAUGGGUUGAUUACAUGGCCGACAAAGCUCUUAGAAGAAUGAUGAUCAAGACAAUGUGUGUCGACAUGAGUUUGAGAGCACAAGCUAUAGAAGUUUUUGGUGCUAAUUUGGUAGAGCAGGUUUGUCCACAGCAAGAAUUAUAAUAUUUUUACUGCAUUAAUAAUUUGCAGCCAAAACAUUUUAUGGUACUGUAUCAAGUUUAGUCUUUUCAGUUUAAUAGAAUGUCUUGCCAAAUUUA